AUGGCUUACAAACUUGGUGAGCAGGUUGGUGAGGCUAGUAGCCAUGCAAACCAUGGAGUGGGAUCAAAUGCUUUGCCUCGAACGUACAGCUUUAUCGUUGGCGACGAUCAAAAGUUUUCAGGUCUCCGUCGUGGUGAACUCUCGUUGCCCUCGACCUACCCACCCCCGGUGGCGGGAGGAGCAAGCAGAGAUACCCCUUUCGUCAGAAUCGCUGCAGCAUACACCGAUGAUGGCAACGACGAUUCCGGAACCCGAAAUCGAGAGACGAAAUUUGUCGCAUAUAAUAAUUGCUCUGCAUCAGAAGCAUUUCCGUUGCAUGCUGCUGGUGUGGAACUCCCGGCUUUCCCAGUGUAUCGGCCUGAGUCGAAGGGAGGAGACACGCACAAGAUUGCGAUGGACAACGACGAGAUUCUUCAAGACAUCACAAUUCUCACUUCUCCUAUCGCUUCAGAAGGCAUUCCAGCUCAAGGCAGUGGUGGAAAUCGUGGAGUCGCCUCCUUUCCAAACUUCUUGUCGCGCCUUGCACCAAUCUCACUCGCUGCGAAACAAGAUCAGGUGGAAAUUCCAAGAAAUUUGCAAGCUGGUGUGAAGGGUCAGGAGGAACAAUAUACCAAAUCCAGUGGACAAAUUAAGCAGUGUAAGUCGUACAUUCCAACAUUUUUGAAACCAGGUCUUCAAGCUCAAUCUACUGACGUCCAACCUAGGUCGGCAGUAAAGCCAGCGAAAGGGACGAUUCCGACGUUCUUGAAGCCUGGCUGGGGUGAGGCUCCCAGAAAGGCUCCUGUUCCUGGUCCUGGCAAGAAAGUUACUCCAGUCAAACGUGUGCUCGGUGGUGGACACCAUGUCAACGAGCUCCAUCUCGUUCCAUCGGCAAGCAAGACCAAACAACCACAAACAGGACAUUCAACUCCGGACAAAUCAGUGGGCUGUCGUGGCGUGCUUCAUUGGAAGAAGCGAGGUCCAGUCGUUCAAGGGCCGUCAGAGUCAACAAACGUCAAUUCCGACGCUCGCGUUUUGCUGGCACAAUCAGGACCCGCCUCCAUGGUCACAGGGUCGGUCUUUCCACCAGAAAUCGUCGUCACACCAGACCCAUGCCAAACAGCAGCAUCUGUCGGAAAUUCAAAGGUGAGCGUCAAUGACCUACCUUCGACCCUACGCCUCAGACACACCCGCAAUGCAAUUGGUGAGAAACAGGACACAAAUUCUCCCGCGUACAAAUGGCCACUUGUGGACAUGACCAAUGAGUUGUUCCUCAACUUCGAUCCAAAGCAGCAUGUUGGACCCAGCUCCGCUGCACGAGGUUUAAAACAUCAAGAACCGCGCAUCGUGGGUGAGGGAUUCCUCGGAAAUGACCUACAUGACGAGGUGUUGCGGGAAUUGGCCAGCCGAGAGCGGAAGAGACAAACACCCAACUCCAGACCAGUAUCUCAGGCUGGACUUGAGGUGGUUGUCGCCACGGCGCCAUCAGUUUCCCAUGUAAUUGUUUCAAGAGAAGGUCUGCCACCACGGGAGAGCAACGAGGCACAUGGAUCUUCAGUGAUCGUUUCCGCGGCCCAGAGCUCGCUGAGCAAGGUAGCAGUUUCAAAGCAAGAUACGGAUCAAGCGGAUUUCAGCUGGUUUCGAUUCAGUCGAGUGGACCUUGAAGAUCCAGCAGAUGAGCAUUGCAGAAACUAUCGAACUCGAAGACGCGAAAUGCGUAAAGCCAAAGAGGACGCAUGGCUUGCACGCGAUACCAGAGACCAUGGUUUCGGCGGCAGCAAUGGCAAUGCGUCCACGGGGCAUCUUCGAUGA